GCAACGUCAUUCAGCACAUACUCGUUCGGCCCGUCAUCCUGUGCGUGCAGUUCGUGUAGUCGCUAGCUAACGAUCGUCACCUGAGACCGAGCUGGUUCUGUUUCGUGCGGACGACCGGUGAAAAACGUUUUACUCUUCAUUUGCCCGCUUUCCACGAACUUUUCCCGUUUCGAGCGCAGCAGCGAAGCGCCAAGAUGACCGAUAAGAGUCCUGAUGAUUUGGCAACCGCGAUCUUGCGCAAGAAGGAUCGCCCAAACCGUCUUCUCGUCGAGGAGGCCGUCAACGAUGACAAUUCCGUGGUCGCGCUCUCGCAGGCGAAGAUGGACGAGCUGCAGCUCUUCCGUGGCGACACCGUAUUGCUCAAGGGCAAGCGGCGCAAGGAGACCGUCGCCAUCGUUCUGGCUGACGAUUCCUGCCCCGACGAGAAGAUUCGCAUGAAUCGUAUCGUGCGCAAUAAUCUACGUGUUCGUCUUUCGGACGUCGUCUCGAUUCAGCCGUGCCCCGGCAUCAAAUACGGCAAGCGCAUUCACGUAUUGCCUAUUGAUGAUACCGUUGAAGGACUUACUGGAAAUUUGUUUGAAGUUUACAUCAAACCGUAUUUCCUGGAGGCCUACCGGCCGAUUCACACCGACGACGUCUUCAUGAUAAGAGGUGGUAUGCGUGCCGUCGAAUUUAAAGUGGUCGGAACCGAUCCCGAGACGUUCUGCAUCGUGGCUCCGGACACUGUGAUUCAUUGUGAUGGCGACCCGAUUAAGCGCGAGGAAGAGGAGGACUCGCUGAAUGCCGUCGGCUACGACGACAUUGGUGGCUGCCGCAAACAGCUCGCCCAGAUUAAGGAGAUGGUAGAGCUUCCACUCCGUCAUCCGUCGCUCUUUAAGGCGAUCGGUGUGAAGCCGCCGCGUGGUAUUUUGCUUUACGGCCCACCUGGUACCGGUAAAACUCUAAUUGCGCGUGCCGUCGCUAACGAAACCGGCGCUUUCUUCUUCUUGAUCAACGGCCCAGAGAUUAUGAGUAAAUUGGCUGGUGAGUCUGAGAGCAACUUGCGCAAGGCGUUCGAAGAGGCGGACAAGAACAGCCCGGCUAUCAUCUUUAUCGAUGAGUUAGAUGCUAUUGCACCUAAACGUGAGAAGACUCAUGGCGAGGUUGAACGUCGUAUUGUCUCGCAGUUGCUGACGCUUAUGGACGGCAUGAAGAAGAGCUCGCAUGUCAUUGUUAUGGCGGCGACGAAUCGCCCCAACUCAAUCGAUCCGGCUCUGCGUCGCUUCGGACGUUUUGACAGGGAAAUUGACAUCGGCAUCCCCGACGCAACUGGUCGUUUGGAGGUUUUGCGCAUUCAUACCAAGAAUAUGAAGUUACAUGAUGAUGUCGAUCUUGAACAGAUCGCUGCUGAGACUCAUGGUCACGUUGGUGCUGAUUUGGCAUCUUUGUGCUCGGAGGCUGCACUCCAGCAAAUCCGUGAAAAGAUGGACUUGAUCGAUUUGGAGGACGAUCAGAUUGACGCCGAGGUGUUAUCUUCACUGGCAGUUACCAUGGAGAACUUCCGGUACGCUAUGUCUAAGAGCAGUCCGAGCGCCCUGCGUGAGACUGUCGUUGAGGUGCCGAACGUUACGUGGCAAGACGUUGGUGGACUGGAAGGUGUCAAGCGUGAACUGCAGGAAUUGGUGCAGUAUCCAGUGGAGCAUCCGGACAAGUUCCUCAAGUUUGGCAUGCAGCCAUCGCGCGGUGUGCUCUUCUAUGGACCGCCCGGAUGUGGUAAGACACUGCUGGCUAAGGCGAUCGCCAACGAGUGCCAGGCCAACUUUAUUUCGGUGAAGGGCCCGGAAUUGUUGACGAUGUGGUUUGGUGAGUCUGAAGCUAACGUCAGGGAUAUUUUCGAUAAGGCUAGAUCUGCAAGUCCUUGUGUGUUGUUCUUUGACGAAUUGGAUUCUAUUGCUAAAUCUCGUGGUGGAAAUGUUGGCGAUGCUGGAGGUGCUGCUGAUCGAGUCAUCAAUCAGAUUCUUACGGAGAUGGACGGUAUGGGCGCUAAGAAGAACGUUUUUAUCAUUGGGGCUACUAACAGACCAGAUAUCAUUGAUCCGGCAAUUUUGCGUCCGGGUCGUCUCGACCAGCUGAUCUACAUUCCUCUGCCAGACGAGAAGUCGCGCGAAGCCAUCUUCAAGGCUAACUUGCGCAAGUCACCUGUAGCGCCUGACGUCGAAAUGACUUACAUCGCGAAGGUGACGCACGGAUUCUCUGGUGCGGACAUCACAGAGAUCUGUCAGCGCGCCUGUAAACUCGCCAUCAGGCAGUCGAUCGAGAACGAGAUCCGUAGAGAGCGCGAACGCGCUGCUAAUCCGAAUCACGCUAUGGAACUGGACGACGAUGAUCCGGUGCCAGAGAUCACACGCGCACACUUCGAGGAAGCGAUGAGAUUCGCGCGGCGUUCAGUAUCGGAUAAUGACAUCCGCAAGUACGAGAUGUUCGCGCAAACACUGCAGCAAUCGCGUGGCUUUGGCACGAACUUCCGUUUUCCGAAUCAAACGGGUAAUGCGUCUCAGCCGGGCGCGGGCACCGGUGGUGACCAGGGCAACUUCCAGGAAGAUCCUGAAGACGAUCUCUACAGCUAGACACCAGAGCGACGCCGAAGUGCCGAAGCACCCAAACGUUUUGAUUUACAAUAUUAUUGAUAAACUAAACUUACUUUUAUAUUUGUAUAAUUUAUUAGUUUCAAUUGAGUACUCGCGUACUUUAAAUUGGCCCGAACUAGGGCGUCGUAUUUGAAACGAUAAAUUGAUAAUACUGCAGUAAUGUUUUUGGGAAAGAAACAAAUAAAAAAAAAAAACGAACGUUUUCGUACAAAAUGUA